AUGUUAGGGUGUAAACCUGCAACUACACUGAUCGACCAGAAGUUCAAGCUGGAUGCUGAAGCUGGAGAACCAGUUGAUCGUGACAGAUACCAAAGGCUGAUGGGCAGGUUGAUCUAUCUGAGUCACAUACGUCCCGAUAUUUCCUUUGUAGUGAGCAUGGUGAGCCGCUACAUGAAUGAUCCGAGGAAGGGUCAUAUGGACGCUGUGUACCAGAUUCUGAGAUAUUUGAAGAGUGCUCCCGGAAAGGGGCUGAUAUUCAAGAAGAGUGGACAUGUAAGCAUCGAGGGUUAUUGCGACUCUGAUUGGGCUAGCAGUGCUGAUGACGGGAGGUCCACCUCGGGAUACUGCAUCUUUAUAGGAGGCAACUUAGUCUCGUGGAAGAGCAAGAAGCAAAUACAGAUUGCUAGGACGUACACAAGAAUUGGUGCAAGAUUGCUUGCUGGGUGUGCUGUGAAAAGCAUUGAAUAUUUCAACGAAAACACUAACCCAAAAUAA